AUGAAGAAAUCAGUAGGUGGACAUUGUUUCAAAAGAAAUAAGAAAGAAAAUCGACCAUAUUAUUAUUACCAAGAAGGAAAUGAAGUUGGGAUUAUAGUAGGAUUACUUAAUGUAAAUGGAUAUGAUGUAAUUUUGAAAUGGAAAGGAGUUAGUGAUGGAAAGUCAUAUUGUUUUGAUGAUUUUGAAGAGAUACGAGGAAUGCACCAAAUACGACAAAAGGAUAUUUUAGAGGUAUACAAAAAGAAAUUAAAAGAGAUACAUAACACAAUGGAUGAAUCUGAAAUAAAGAAAAGAGUGAGUUAUCUGAUGAUGAAGAUGAUUUGUGAAUGGGUUAAUGAAGAAAUGAGAAAUGAACUCCAUAUUACAUUGAAACAAUCAAGACUCUUUGGGAUUAAAUCAAUUGAAAUUAAUAAAACCGCAAUUGAAAAUGAACUGACAAGGGCAUUCGGAAUAGCAAUAAGAAAAUUGUUAUCAAAACAUAUCAUUUCAGAAGCAAUUCAAUAUAAAGAUGGAGAUAAUUUAAGUCCUUCACAUUUAAUUAAGAAGUAUAAUCCACAGAUAAUGAAAUUAUUUAAACAAAUAAAAGAAAGAACGUUAAUUAAUAUUAAUGAGAAUGAAGAAGAUAAUUCAGACACAGUGAUUGAUGAUAGAAAUUAA